AUGCCGGUAUAUUUAACUGCUAACGCGAUAUCGGCGAUUAAUGGAGGCGACGUGAACACGAAGCCGCUGGUGCAGGUGGUGGACAUCAAGCUCAUAGGUUCCACUCAGGAACGCUACCGACUGCUCAUCUCGGACUCGGUGUUGACGCAACACGCGAUGCUCGCAACUCAGCUCAAUGACCGAGUCAAGUCUGGCCGUGUCCGUCAAGGAUCCGUUGUUCAGCUCAUUGAAUACAUUUGCAGCAAUGUCCAGAAUCGCAAGAUUAUCGUUAUUUUAAACAUGGAAACUGUUGUACCAGACUGUGAGAUUAUUGGGAACCCAAAAAUGUUGAAUGAAUCUGAUACAAUGCCUCAGAAAUCGGUGCCAGAUAGGAGUUCAGGCUCUACACAAUUGACCAACAAUAAAAAUUUAGUUGCUCAAAAUUCCCUACGCACCAAUUUCAGUAAGGGUAACAAUCCGAGCUUUCAAAAUUCAGCCAAUAAUGUGCAGAAUUAUCCCACUAUGGUUCAACCCCCUUACCAACCACCUCCUAGUUACAAAAACCAUGGGGCAAUAAUGAAGAAUGAGGCCCCAGCGCGCAUCAUCCCGAUUGCUGCAUUGAAUCCUUAUCAGGGUCGGUGGGCUAUCAAGGCGAGAGUAACAGCAAAAGGGGAUCUUCGUCGCUACAACAAUGCUAGGGGAGAUGGGAAGGUGUUCUCCUUUGACCUUCUCGACUCAGAUGGAGGAGAAAUCCGGGUUACAUGCUUCAAUGCCGUGGUUGACCGCUUUUUUGAUAUCAUCGAAGUCGGGAAAGUCUACAUGAUAUCAAAAGGUAGCUUGAAACCUGCCCAGAAGAACUUUAACCAUCUGAAGAAUGAAUGGGAAAUUUUUUUAGAGGCAACAUCGAUAGUGGAUCUUUGUCCUGAUGAAGACGCUUCCAUACCAAAGCAGCAAUUCUCAUUUAGGCCUAUUAGUGAAAUUGAAAAUACUGAAAAUAAUUCAAUUCUUGAUAUAAUUGGUAUUGUAGUGACUGUGAACCCCUGUGUCUCUAUCACGAGAAAGAAUGGAAUGGAAACUCAGAGGAGAAUACUGAAUGUGAAAGAUCAAUCUGGACGAAGUGUUGAGUUAACUCUAUGGGGAGAUUUUUGCAACAGGGAAGGUCAGCAGCUGCAUGAAAUGGUAGAAACUGGGGUUUUCCCUGUUUUAGCUGUUAAAGCCGGAAAAGUAAGUGACUUCAAUGGGAAGUCCAUUGGAACAAUAUCUUCAACUCAGCUAUUCAUAAAUCCUGAUUCUCCAGAAGCUGUAGCCUUAAGAGAUUGGUUCGACCAAGGCGGCAAAGAUGUUACCUACCAGUCGAUAUCGAGGGAUGUUAUGCCUGGAGGAUCCAAAAAUGAGAUUCGUAAAACUGUUGUGCAAAUCAAGGAUGAAGGGCUUGGAAGGUCUGACAAGCCGGACUGGGUAACAGUGAAGGGAACUAUAUCUUUCAUCAAGACAGACACUUUCUGUUAUACAGCUUGUCCAUUAAUGAUCGGUGAUAGACAGUGCAAUAAGAAAGUGACGAAAUUGGGGAACUCAAGAUGGCUUUGUGAAAGGUGCAAUCAAGAAUUUGAAGAGUGUAGUUACAGAUAUCUUCUUCUAGUUCAGAUUCAGGAUCAUACUGGUUUAACAUGGGUGACUGCAUUUCAGGAAUCCGGGGAAGAAAUCUUAGGUUGUUCAGCGAAGGAGUUGUACGUAUUAAAAUAUGAAGAGCAAGAUGAUCACAGAUUUGCCAAUAUAAUUAGGAAUUGUCUCUUUACUGAGUUUCUUUUCAAGCUUAAAAUCAAAGAGGAGAUUUAUGGUGAUGAACAAAGGGUGAAGAGUACCGUUAUCAAGGCAGAGAAAGUGAACUAUUCAGUUGAGAGUAGAUAUAUGCUCGAUUUGAUUUCGAAAUUUUGUACCCAUUGA